AUGUCUUCCGACGACUCUCUGUCGCAGUCGGACGAUGAACUGUUCAAUCCAAAGUACAAGCCUACCCACGAGACGGUCGAGACGCUUCCACUGUAUAGGCCCGGCAUGAGUGACGACGACUCUGACAUCGAAACCCUCGCAACCUGGCCGGUUCAUCGUCCUGGGGUAAAAUCUCAGAACAUGGAUAUAAUCCGACAGACACAGCCAACUCAAAUCAUUGAUCGUUCCGCCGAAAACAUGUCUUCCUCUCCUUCCAAGCCUGGCGUCGUCCAGGUCGCUGCCUCCUCUCCGAUGGCCACCCCCAAUUUACAACGGAAACCCACAGGAAUACUGGCAAGCGCUAUGGCACCGGCAGGGACGGUGUUCAGAAAACCAUAUGUGGCGCCUCAGCCUCGUGCCGUUCCCAUAACGAUCGACAGCGACGACGAGGGGCCCACCUAUCGUGGAGGGUCGUCAGACAGCGAGGGUCAUGGCAUUCGGUCGAAUGAUAUCAAAACAUCUACAUUUGUGCGGAAGAACAAGUCGCCAGGGAAAAUUCCCGAAUCGCCGCAGCCUCAAAACAGUGGACUGAGUCGCUUCAUGGAGAUUACUUCACGAUCCGUGUUCAGAGGCUCUCCAAACUCGACGUCUUCGGCUGGGUCGAGCGGAGUGAAACGCUCUGCGGAUGUUAAUGCAAACGCUUACGGCAGCAUUUCAAAGAGACCGCGACAGACUGGGCCUGCCCGUGCAAUGCCCGUGGUCUCGUCACCGCCGGCUGUGCGGCAAGAAGAAAUGGAGCUUGAUGAUAUCAGUGACUAUAGCACGAGACAGAAGGUGAAUCGACUAAUGUCAAUGCUUCGUGCGGUGACGGUGAGAGAAUGUUACGAAGUCCUGCUCUCGAAUAAAGGGGUUUACGAAGAUGCGAUCGAUGCGCUGCUUUUGCGGAGCGAGAAGCGACAAUCUCAGAACAAGAAAAGCGCUGUCGAUUUGACCGGUUCGGACGACGAGCUGAUGCCUACUCCUGCAGCCAACAGACCCGUGCCUCAACACACGAGUACAGCAAGGCAGCACGCCAAGGUACCGCAGAAGAGCAUCACUGAAAAAUGGAGCUCUACUCAGAACAUCAGAAAGCCGUCAAAGACAAUAGAUGUCUUCGAAACCCCGCCUCCGCAGAAGAAGAAACGAACGCUGGUGCGUGGCAGGAAGCAUUCUUCUUCGCCUCAGCCUGUGCCCGAAGAAGUCAUACAAAGGCCGAAGCGCGUGGUCGCCAUAGAGUCGGAUGAUUCCGACGCAGAUGUAUCACCAGUCUCAUCGGACAACGAGAGCAAGAAACCCUUCCAGAGUCGUGUCCUUGAUCUGUUCAACACUUGUUCUGCGGCGGAUUUGGCUGACAUUGCUUCCAUAACCCGCGACCUCGCUGAGCACUUUUUAUCCAAACGGCCUUUCAAAAAGCUCGAUGCCAUCAGACAAAUCGAGGAUCCGAAAUUAAAGCCUACAAAGACGAAGCGUAGGACAGCUCCCAUUGGUGAAAAGAUCGUCGACAAGGUUGAGGAUAUGCUCGAGAGCUAUGAGGCUGUUGAUUAUCUCGUGAAGAAAUGCCAAAAUCUGGCGAAACCGUUGGCUGAUGAGAUGAAGAGUUGGGGAGUCAAGCUUGCUGGCGAUCAUGAGGGAGAAUUGGAUAUAGCCUCGCUACAAGCCUCAUUCCCAGGUCAUGACUCCGGCAUUGGUACACCUGUGAGUGACGACGAAGACAUCAAACGUUCAGGGCAAAAGAGAUUCAUCGGCCAACCUUCGAUCAUGGCCGACGAUAUGAAAAUGAAGGACUAUCAAAUCGUGGGGCUCAACUGGCUUAAUUUGCUCUACAAGAAGGGACUGAGUUGCAUCCUAGCUGACGACAUGGGACUGGGAAAGACUUGUCAAGUCAUUGCCUUUUUGGCUCAUCUUUUCGAGCAGGGGAAGAAGGGACCUCACCUUGUCGUGGUGCCCGCAGCGACUCUGGAAAAUUGGCUCAAGGAGUUUCAACGCUUUUGCCCAGCACUGACGGUCGAACCGUACUACUCGACAAAUCCCGGCGAGCGGCUAAGGCUGAGUGCAUUUCUCGACCAAAACCGCGACGAAGUCAAUGUCAUUGUCACCACCUACACGAUAGCCAAGGGCAAAGACGAUGCUCCCUGGUUGAAAAGCUUUGGGUUUGACUGUACAAUUUAUGAUGAGGGCCAUGUGUUGAAAAACGCCGAUUCCCAAGUCGCGAGUAAAUUGGUCAAGAUUCAGUCCAAUUUUCGCCUUUUGCUCACCGGGACUCCCCUGCAGAACAACUUGAAGGAACUCAUCUCCCUGCUCGCUUUUCUAAUGCCGGCUCUCUUUCGGGAGAAGGCGCAAGCACUGAAGAACAUUUUCACUCACAACUUCAAAGCGCUGGACAACAACCACGAAAUGCUCCUGUCGGCACAGCGAAUCCAGCGUGCGAAAAGCAUGCUCACGCCGUUCAUCUUGAGACGGAAGAAAUACCAAGUCCUCAGGGAUCUGCCAAAGAAGGAGCGAAAGGUGGAGUUCUGUGACUUGAGUCCCGAACAAUCAGAGCUCUAUCAAAUGUGGCUUGACAAGGCUUUUGAGAUCCGUGCGAGGCGGGAGAGAGGCGAAAACGUGACCCAGGAAUCGACAAACAUCUUGAUGAAAUUGAGACAUGCCGCCAUUCACCCAUUUCUCUUCCGGCGCCUCUAUCCGAACAAACAGCUGCCUGUUAUUGCAAAGCAGUGCCUGAAGGUGGACCUAUGGCGAGAAUCAAACCCCGAUCUCAUCGUCACUGAACUUCUCGAGUAUAGCGAUAUGGAAAUUCAUACCUUAUGCGAUAAGCAUGCACAGCUUCGACGCUUUGCACUUAACGGCGACGAGUGGCGUGCAAGCGGUAAAAUCCAGAAGAUGAUGGAACUUUUACGCAAAUUCAUCUCUGAAGGCCACAGAACGUUGAUCUUCAGCCAGUUCGUCAUGGUCCUCGACAUUCUCGAGUUGGCGCUGGAACGUGAGGGCAUCGACUCCUUCCGCCUUGAUGGUGCCACCAAGGUAUCAGAACGACAAGACCUGAUCGACGAGUUCUCUGCCGAUGACAACAAUACGCCUGUCUUUAUGCUCAGCACAAAAGCAGGAGGCGCCGGGAUCAACCUCGCCAAAGCGAACAAAGUCAUUAUCUUCGACAGCGGCUUUAACCCGCAGGAUGACAUCCAGGCUGAGAACCGAGCACACCGCAUUGGGCAGGAGAAGGACGUUGAAGUCAUCCGGUUGAUUUCCCGGGGCACCGUGGAAGAGCAGAUCUACGCCAUGGGUCUGACGAAGCUGAAGCUUGACGAACAAGUCGCUGGAGACGGGGAAGAGCAGGCACCGAGGAAGGACAAUGAAGAAAACGAAAAGGAGGCCGAGGGCCGCAUGAUUGUCGAGAAGAUGUUUUUUGACAAGAUCGACGUCGAACCCAUCGAGCAGGUCAAGGCCGAGGCCGCCAGUCCCGUCAAGCAAAGGGUGGAGCAGCACUCGGCCGUGUCGGAGCAAGUGCAGGAUGAUGUUGAAGAUGACCACAAAGCUCGCCCUGGCACUGGACGGAAGAAAAGCAGUGACUUGCCCAAUCGUCUGCGAGUCCGCAAUGCAAAAACAAAGAUCGAGAGUUGA